AUGUCCAUCCACACCACACAGGACCAGUCCACACCCCUCCAUUAUGCUGCUGCUAGGGGGAACACCGGGACUUGUGAAGUUCUGAUUCGUGCUGGAGCCGAUGUCACAGCCACAGAUAAGGAGGGGAAGACUCCAUUGGAUUAUGCAAGGGAUCCGGAGAUUCUACGGCACUGGAAGAACCUGGACAAACAGGUGAAACAAGAGAAGUCUUACCACGAGCUGCUGCAGAUGUCAGGGGGAGUGAAGGUCAACAGGUUUAAGGUGUUUGUGGGAGGGAAUGAGACAAAUGGGAAGUCUACUCUGAAACAAAGUCUCACAAAGGGCCUGCUGUCUGCAGUGAUGCAAAGACUCUCCCUAAGGUCGGGGGACGCACCUUACAAUCGUACCCCAGGGGUGGAUAUUGGAACAUUCCAAGUACCGGGGGUGGGGGAGGUCAGCGUGUGGGACUUCGCUGGGCAGGCGGAGUACGCGGUGACCCACAAUAUGUUCAUGGAUUCAGAAAACACCGUCUUCAUUGUGCUGUACAACAUCAAGGACGACAAAAAAAACCAACAAAAUCAGGUUCACUGGUGGUUGUGUUUCAUCAAGUCCUGCAACCCGAACCGGCAGCCUGACGUCAUCUUGGUAGCUAGCCAUGCGGACAAGGUUGAGCCAGCCACAGGACACCUCCAAGCGGCCCUUGUUGUUCAGACGAUGAAAGCAGAGUUCAAAGACCACCUCCGUAUCGCAGAUGAAGUGAUCCUGAUGGACUGUAGGAAGACUUGGACACCUGAGAUGGACCAACUCAAAACUCUUCUGGUCAAGAUAGGAGAGGAAAUGCUGCAACACCAACGCGACAUGCCCCGGCUAUGUGCAAAGAUCAUGGAGCACCUACCAAAGUGGUGUAAGAAGACUAGUCCGAAGUUCCCCGUGAUGAUGUGGCCUGACUACGUGAGAGAAGCCAGGAAGCUUGACAGACUUGUGACUGAAGACUUUCUCAAGAAAUCUUCAAGAUUCUUGCACCAUCUGGCAGAGGUUCUGUUAAUCAGUCUGGCAACCUCUGACCCCAUCAUUGUCCUGAAGCCCAACUGGCUUGGCACAGACGUCUUCGGCAAAGUCAUGGCACCUGACUUCUUUGACAAACACCUAAACAGAACAAGUGAAGACUACGUCACCAAGGCUGAGAUCGAGCGUGUGUUCCAAGAUGUUGCUGACGUCGAUCUUGUGAUCGCCCUGCUGCAAGAGUUCCAGCUCUGCCACACCUUUGACGAAGAGACCUACAUCAUCCCAGGGCUGCUGAAACAAAACAUGCCCGACAAGGUGUGGAAACCGACGACAGAACAAAAGGUGGUCUACUUCGGGAAGCAAGUCCAGUGUGCGGACAAAACCGAUAUGUUCUCAUCUGGGUUCUUCCCCCAAGUGCAGACCCGCCUGAUGAGGCAGCUGAAGUAUCGCCCGUCGCUCUGGAGAGAUGGCGCCAAGUGUGUGGACAGGGAUGUGGAAGGUCUGAUCAAACUCUCUCCGGACGGCCGUGCAGUCAGCAUCUGUGUGCGGAGUGUGCAGGGUGACAAGGUGCAGUGUGGCAAGAUGCUGCAGAAGCUGAAGAACAUCAUCGCUGAUGUGCUCUAUGAGUGCAGCCCAGGAACAGGAACAGUAGAGAGGGUGCUCAGUGCUCGUGCACUAAAAGAGCACAGGGAGGAAUUCUACUCCUAUGGCAUGGAGGAGAUCAGCGAGGCAAUAGCAAAAGGCGUUCCAGUUGCCCAUCCAAUACUUAAGUUCACAGAAGAGGUCAGCAAACUGUUGAGUAGGGAUGAGGAUCCAGAGCUUGAGGGCUCAGGUGCAGCAGCACCGCCCAGCGGAGGUGGAGAGCAAGACAGUCAUUCAAAGUCACAGACCUCUCAUCAGAUUACCACAGCUCCACAUGGAAGCAGAACCAAAGCUCCUAUGAGUCUUCAAGGUCUUAAAGUACCGAAAGUGUUGCUGAUCAACGACGAGUAUGGGACCUCCAAGGGAGGGAUUUCUACUGUCAACUGUCAGGUAGGCCAAAUGCUGUUCGAAGCAAACGCAGUCGUGUACUGCACAGCCCUGCUUGUGCCGAAACAAGACCAGGAGGCAGCCGACAGAGACGGUGUUCAGCUGAUUGGGCCAGAUUUUAUGGGUAAGACCGAGCCAACUUUAGACUGGCUGACCUACUACCACAGUGUCCACUUUCCAGACCUCCCCAAAGACGUCACCUGCAUCAUCGGCCACGCAGACAUCACAGAUACGGCAGCACGAAACAUCUGGGAUCAACGCUAUCCACAGGCAGACCUUGUGACGAUCAACCACGUCCUACCCGAGGAUACAGAUUACUACAAGGGAGGUCGGAAGGCCAUGAAGGCUGGAGAGAAAGUGGCGGACAUGCUGGAUAAGUCUAAUAAUGCAAAGGCAGCUUUCUCAGUGGGUAAACGGAUUUACGAUGACUUUGACACCAAGUACAAAGGAGAGAAGAAACCACAGAGCCACCACAUCUUCCUCCCAAAGCCAUCCAAGAUGUUCCUGACCAUCAAUGUAAGACCCGAAGGAGAGCAGAAAGUCGUCCUGUCCAUCGGCAGAGUGCGGAAGGUGGAGAAGCUGAAAGGUCAUGACCUCAUAGCUCUGACCAUGAGAGAAGUGGUGAAGGUGAUCAAGAACGCCCGGUGGUGCGUGCGCGGCAUCAACGAAGGUGACUUCGAGGCGAUCAAGAAGAUCCUAGAGAAAAGUGGCUACCUGAAUCCAAUCCUCCGGCCGUACGGGACACAGGAGGACAUCAGGAACGACAUGAUGACAGCCCACCUGGUCCUCAUGCCGUCCCGCUCCGAACCGUUCGGACUUGUCGGCCUGGAGGCCAUCGCGGCGGGCAUCCCCGUCCUCAUUUCCGACAAGACUGGCCUGGCAGAGAUGAUCCUCGACCUGAUCGAACAGGGGAAGCUCCACGCGGACCACAAACGUGUCAUCGUCGAGACAAAUGUAAACGACACCGAUCCAGCGGGAGACGUAAGUAGGUGGGCAGACAGGAUCGUGGACAUCCUCAAGAACACUGACUCGGAGUUCGAGAAAGCUGCCCAGUUCAAGCAGGAGCUGGUGGAGUCCAGGUACUGGGAGGAAUCCCACCGCACCUUCCUGCAGGUCUGUGGCAUCACGGCAGUUCAGUAGAGGUGUGUACUGUAGCCACCUGAGAUGUUCCGAGCCACCAAAGUGAGACCUGGGGGACAGCAGAAGGUCGUUUUGUCCAUCGGCAGGGUGAGGAACGUGGAGAAAUUGAAAGGUCAUGACCUCGUAGCACAGACCAUGGGAGAAGUUGGAGAGAGGAUCAAGAACGUCCGGCUGUGCGUGCGCGGCAUCAGUGAGGAUUGUGUCGAGACAAGCAAGAAGAUCCUGGAAGAUAACCUGAACAGCUACAAGCUCAACUCCACCCUCUUGCCGUACGGAACACAUGAGAUGACAUGAUGACCUGGUCCUGAUGCCGUCCCGCUCCGAGCCGUUCGGACUGCUCGGCCUGGAGGCCAUCAUGGCGGGCAUCCCCGUCCUCAUCUCCGACAAAACCGACCUGGCAGAGAUAAUCAGUGACCUGAUUGCUAAGAAGAAACUCAGUGCACAAACGCGCCAUUGUGAAGACGAACGUGAACUACUUUGAUACUGCAGGAGACGCAAAGAGAUGGGCAAAAGAAAUCAAGGAUGUCCUCAAGCAGUGACGCAGAGUUCAAGAAAGCUGCUAAGU